GUUUAAAUAUUGAUUAAUUAAUUUUAUUUAUUUUAUCGAGUUGUAAAAUAAACAUUUAAGAUUAAUAAAUAAUUUUAUUUAAUUAGAGUUUUGUUAUAAGCCAGGCUUUAUUUUACUAUAAUUUAUUUAUAAUCUUUGUUUCAAUAAAUAUAGGAAAUGUUUUUAAUAACCAAGAGCUUUAAGACUUCUGAUCAACUUGUGGAUCAUGUUAAUAAGAAACCAAUGUCACCGUUUGCUAAAUUCCGCGAGCUUGAUCGUCAAAACAGUUCAAGCACUCCCAGUUCACCGAGGACACCAGGAACACCCAAAGAAUUUACUUUUAAAUUUACCGACCCCAUUGUACAGAACAAUGCGGUGCAGAUCAAGGAGCGAUUGCUGUCGUGGUGUCGGGCUAAGACCAAAGAGUAUGAGAAUGUUCAGAUAGAUAAUUUUUCAACGAGUUGGAACAACGGGCUGGCAUUUUGCGCUCUGCUCCAUCAUUUCAAACCUCAGGCAUUUGAUUACGAUAAACUGAAGCCGGAAAAUCGGCGGAAAAAUUUUACGCUCGCUUUUGAAAAAGCUGAAGAAAUUGCUGGGAUUGUUCCACUUUUGGAUGUUGAGGACAUGGUGGUGAUGCGUAAACCAGAUUGGAAGUGUGUAUUUACUUAUGUCCAAUCAAUUUACCGCCGCUUUAAAGACGAAGAUUAAUUAAUUCAUUAAUUUACAGUCUAUAAUUUUUUACGGGCAAUGUACGAAUUAACGUGCAUUUAAAAAAAACAAAAUCUAUAAUCAACAUCUGAUUUAUUUUUUACACAUCUUUAAAUACAUAUUAUUAUUGUUUCGUUAAAUAUUUAAUUUUAUAUAUAUUUUAUAUUUGUUACUGGAUGAUAACUUUACUUGUGUUGAUUAUUUAAAUAUAAAAGUAGAAAAGUUUUAUGACUCGACGGUAUUAAAAAAAAGAGAAAA